CCUGUUUCUGGGUGCUCAGCGAAACCGCCCCUCGAGUCAAUAGUAGUCGUCAAGCGACGCAGAAACGCUCUACAUACUUAAUGUUGGCACCAUAGCAAUUUGGUCAGCUUGCACAGGGGCUGCCUUAAGAGCGAUACCUCAUAAACCCAGAGGUCAGACCGUCCUGGACCGUCGAGCUUCUUUGACAGCUAGCCGUAAAAGACCCGUCAAAUAUUAGGUAUAGCAUCUAAAUGGUAGACACAUCAACGACUGGGCGUUGACCGAGCUGAACUCGGUGACACUUUCUUAGAGCAGCUCCCAAAGAUGGCGCUCACGAACGCCAUUAUCGCUGCAACCCGUGCACAAGAGCAAAAUUUUGAUGAGGACUCAGGGCGAAUGCGCGAAAUCGGCGCGGCCCGCGAGGCCCGCGGCGAGGGCCUUGCCAAAGGCCCCGGCGGUGGAGGAGGAUAUGGCAGCAGUGGUGGAGGUUUCGGCAUCGUGCAUGCUAGGACUGCCUCAGAGGUGGCGAGUACCGGUCCGUCACAGUGGGCGCUACUGCAAGAGCGCAUUACCGCAGCUCAGGGCUCCGUGCCCGACCCGGCCUCCGACGACGUGGCCAGGUUGAUGCGAUCCAUCUUCAUGCAGCACCUAAUGUCUGGCGCGCCUGAGUACUCAAAGUACUUCAAGAAUGACAUACGCAUGAUGCAGCAAGAGGCGGAGUUGCAGAAACAGGCGGCCAAGGAGGCAGAGGCCUCGGCAUCGGGGCACCGCCGCAUGUCCACGGCGGGCGGCAGCGCCGGCGGCGCUUCCGAUGCCGCCGGCAGCCCAUACAGCGCUUCCGCAGGCAGGACAGCAUCGCAGCCGCAAUUGCGCCCGGACCACCACCACAACGACCCGCCGCCCAACAUAUUCGCGUCUUUGUACCGCCCCUGCAAGCACGCGCUGGCGCGGUAUCGCGCAUCGCCGCUUCGGGCCAAGAUAUACCUGACGCUCUCGCACCCCGAGUACAACGCAGUCGCAUUCACGUUCGGCAUCUUCGUCAUGCUUGUCAUCCUGCUGAACACGGCUGUGUUCUGCAUUGAGAGUGUGCCGCGCUGGGAGAACACGCCGCUGUACGACCGGCUUGUCAUCGUGGACUACGUGUGCCUGGGUAUCUUCACGGUGGAGUUCGUGGCGCGGCUGGUGACGUGCAGCAGCCUGACGCACUUCUGGCUCAACGCAAUGAACUGGAUCGACUUCUUCGCCAUCGCGCCCUUCUACCUCGAGCUCAUGAUCGUGGGGCCGGACGCAGGAAACCAGGCUGCCUCCCAGACGCGCAUCAUCCGGGUGCUGCGCCUGCUGCGUGUGCUGCGCCUCAUGCGCGCCUCCACCAGGUUCCGCAACCUGCAGGUGGUGGUGGACGCGCUGGUGGCCAGUGGCGACGUGCUGGGCAUGCUGGUGUUCCUGCUGCUGGUGCUGCUGGUGGUGUCGGCCACCAUCAUCUACUUUGUGGAGCAGGCGCUGGUGGAGGGGUCCUGGUUCGACUCCAUACCGCUCACCAUCUACUACAUGCACGUGACACUGACCACCACCGGCUACGGCGACUUCUAUCCCGUGUCGGCCUGGGGCCGCUUCAUCGCGGGCGUGUUCAUGCUGUUGUGCAUGGUGACGCUAUCGCUGCCCAUCAGCGUGAUCGGCGGCAACUUCUCCAACAUGUGGGGCCGCUACACACAUAUCCGCGACGGCAUUGAGCGCAGCGGCGUGGCCUGGAGCAACUUCAUCAAGCUGCGCGGCACCGCCACGAAACACUGCGCGGCCAUGGACGACCUCAUUGACAUCAUAAACCGCGUCAAGUGCGCGCUGGAAGACGGCACCCGCGGCGGCGGUGCUGUGGGCCAGCCGGGCGCCGACGGCCUCAAGGCCCUGGUGGACGACCUGGCCGGACUGCAGUUCGAGCUGGAGGCCAUUAACACCCGGCGAGGCAGCGGCAACGGCGGGGCAGGUGGCAGCGCGCACGGCCCCGGCGGCGGCGGGCAGCAGGGCCAGGGGCAAGGGGCGCCGGAUGAGGUGCGGCUGGCACAGCUGCGCGGUGUGGCCGCGUCACUGCAGAAGCGCGUGGAGUCGGCGCGGGCGCAGCACGCCGAGCUGCAGGCGUUGCUGCACGUGUCGGGGCGGCUGGUGAGCAAGGACGUGACUGAGAAGCUGGACAAGCUGCACGGCCUGCACAAGGAGAUGGCGGGCUGGGCGCUGGACGGCGGCUUCAUCGCGGGACACGCCGGGCUGCUGCUGUCGGACCUGAGGGCGCUGCGUGAGGUGGUCCAGGAGCACAGCCGGGCGCACGGCGACCAGCUGGAGGGGGACGGCGAGCACGGGCACGAGGCGGUGGACACGAACGGCCGGCGGUCCCUAUUCGGCUGGGUGGGCGGCAAGAGCGAGCGGGCCGACGGGGACGGCGACGGCCCGCGCCAGCUCGACCCCGAGUCGGAGGAGGAGGAGGAGGCGCGCGCAGCAGGCAAGGACCCGCCGAAGGCGAUCAAGGUGUAAGGCGCGUGAGGCGUGUUUAAAGAAGGGUGGUGGGGUGUAGCAGGGACGGGGUGAGGCUGUGGUGCGUGCGGGGCUGCGUGCGGCGGCGCGAUUUACUAGGACAUGCCACAUGGGCUGGAGCAUGGUGGUAAUGAAUGCCUGCGCACGCACGCCAGCGCAAAAGCCGGUGCAGGAACGCUGCGGUUGUCUUCAGGCAUUGGCGGGCGUACACUCCAUGCCUUGGCACGACACACGGCGGAUGAAGGCUAGGUAAGCAUGAUGGGUUUCGUAUGAGGACUGCCGCUAAGAGCUGCUGAGUGGCGGAACAACGGCAUGGAACUGCGAUGCAUAAGUGCACUUGUGGGGAUCAUUGCGCCAUGACACGCACCUGAAGCAUGGCUGUGUCACAUGUGGGCUGAUCUGAUGACCGCACGGACACGUCUACCGACCGACACAUACCGUACAGAGGACAUCAUUUUGAUACAUGGUGACAAUGGACUGUUGCUGUCGUCUCUUUAGUACUGACUGUGGGACAUAGGUCUGGGUUUGCAUGUUGGCAACGUUUUGGUUGGUUCAACUAUGGAUGCUGCCCUUCGCAAGGGAGGACAACCGGGACCACCAACAUGCAGGCAGACGGAUAUCGCUUGUGGCGUGAGGCGCAGCGUACAUUGCGGGAUACAGGGGUUGGGGCGUGGGUCGCAAGGUGUUCACGCGAAAGAGUUUAUGGAACGAACUUGAACGGUACGGUCGGAGCAGACUGAAGGCUGGCAUUUAUACAUCUGAGCUCGAAGAGGUUGUAUCAGUACGGUAAUGCAAGCGUGCAUGAUUCAUGCUUCUGACCUGUUAUGUGCUUGGACGGUACUGACGCUGUACGUAUGUAAUCAAGUCCGACG